AUCUUUAUAUUUUAGGAUUGAAAAUGGAAAAAUUAAAUGAGUGCUUUAAACCACCUAAAGACAAAAUGAGAAUAGUGUUUUUUAUAUUUUUAAUUCAUGGACUUGGAACUCUUAUGCCCUGGAAUAUGUUUAUAACAGCAAAAAGUUACUUUGUUGACUUCAAACUAGUUUCAAAUGAAGGCAACACGUCAUCUGCGUAUGCAAAUAACUUUAUGCAGUACAUUGGAUUUGCCUCCCAGAUACCAAAUUUAAUAUUUAACUGGUUAAAUAUUUUUGUUCAUUUGGGGGGUGAUCUCACCAAACGCAUAGUGUAUAGUAUAUUGUUUGAGUUGGUAAUUUUUAUCAUUACGGUUUUACUAGCUAUUUUGGAUUCUUCUAACUGGCAGGAUGUCUUUUUCUGGAUCACAAUGAUAAGUGUUGUGUUAUUAAACAUGGCCAAUGGAAUAUAUCAAAACACAAUAUAUGGUAUGGUUGCGACAUUACCCAUAAAAUAUACUGGAGCUGUUGUGCUGGGAUCUAAUAUUAGUGGACUUUUUGCUGCAAUAGUACAAAUUUGUAGUACUUAUAUAUUUUCCUCGUAUAGAACAUCAGCUAUUUACUAUUUUAUAACAGCAAUGCUUAUAUUACUUAUUUGUUUUGAUACAUAUUUUGCACUUCCACUAAAUAAAUUUUAUAGAUAUUAUGAAAUAAGGAGACUCAAAGAAGAAAAACCAUUGUGUAAUUCGGAAGCAACAAAAGUGCCUUAUUUAAAAAUUUUGAAGGAAUCAUUUCCUCAGCUUUUUAACAUAUUUUUUACCUUUUUUGUGACACUUGCUAUUUUUCCUGCUAUUCAUUCUGACAUCAAACCGCACUCCGAUGAUUUUUUCAUACCUAAGGACCUUUUUACACCCAUUACAUGUUUCUUAACAUUUAAUUUAUUUGCUAUGUUAGGAAGUUUAACAACAUCUUGGAUUCAAUGGCCUAAACCAAAUUUACUAUGUAUACCUGUUCUUCUUCGUGCUAUGUUUAUACCGCUAUUUAUGUUUUGCAAUUAUUUACCAAAAAGUACAAUGAGAUCGCUUCCGGUAUUAAUUACUAACGAAUGGGUUUACUGGCUCAUAGCAAUCGUCAUGUCUUUCACUUCAGGUUAUUUAAGUUCUUUGGGUAUGAUGUAUGCUCCUCAGACAGUGUUACCGAAAUAUCAAAUUACAACAGGAAUGUUUGCUGCCGCAAUGUUGAUAACAGGCAUUUUUUCAGGAAUUCUAUUCUCCUUCAUUUUACCUUCAUUUGUUUAAUUUAUUAAAAAAUGUUGUGUGUAUAAACACUUCAAUUAAAUAAUAAGCAAUAAAGAAAUAAAAGAUGUUAAUUAUAUAGUCGUCGGUGAGCGAAA